AUGAACCAGAAAACACACUGGGACGAUGUAACCCCAGAGCACGAGUUUGAGGAGUUACAGCUCGAGAUUUGCCCUCCGAGGGUCCUAGGGUAUCACCUUGAGAACAAGACCUGGAUAGAGAUGAACGUUGCUUUGGACGAGCCCGAGGUCAAAGACGUGGAAAAGCCAGAAGGCAGAUUUCUGAGGGACAUAAAGCAACUAAUUAGCGAUCAAGCAUUCAAGGCGUUGCAGCUUGUCAAGUCGCAGAAAGACCUCAUUCAAGAUCUUGUGAGAAGCCAUGCCAGCGGAACUAUGGCUAAACCACUAUUGGAAGAUAUCAUAAAGGGGAAAGGGAAGGGGCCCCCGGGCGUUGGCAAGACUUUGACCGCAGGGGUCGGCGAUGUUGGAUUGGAUGCUCAAGUGGUGGAGAGGAACCUCCAAGCUCUAUUUGAGCUUGCUGCAAACUGGCGGGCCGUCCUACUGUUCGAUGAAGCCGAUGUAUUCUUGGAGUCCCGUAGCUCCCACACAUCCGAUUUGAAUCGGAAUACACUUGUUUCAGUUCUCCUUCGUGUCCUGGAAUAUUAUGACGGAAUUCUCAUUCUUACGACUAACAGAAUCCGCGAAUUUGAUGUUGCCGUCCAGUCCAGAGUCAAUCUUGGCAUCAAGUACGAUGACCUCGACAGGGAACAGAAGAUCAGGAUCAUUGACAACUUCCUCAAACAACUGCAAGACGAAAAUGUUGAACGAAGGGAUGAAAUCCGCGAGUGGUUCAACGACAAUGAAGAUGGCAGAGAACAGAUCAAGUUCUUGAACGGUCGGCAGGUCAGGAACAUCUUGUUCUCUGCGGCGUCACUAGCGACGCAAGACGGAAUGAGGUUGAGCUUGAAACAUAUUCAGAAGAUGACAAAGGCUACGUUUCUGUUUCAUGAUAGUAUCAAAACUAUUGUUGAUGAUGCGCGCCGCAGAGCAGAAGCGAGAAGGGACUGA